GUUGAUCCACCGGCGCUUCUUCCAGAUCACACGCUUCGCGUGGCGUGACUUCCCUCCGCAAUUUCCCCUUCCUUCCAAUGCCACCUUCUGCCUCGAGUCGCCCGCGCGAGAUCCGCCCCCCCGUACUGCCACAUGCUUCCGCGCUCGUCUCCUCGACCCUGCCACGGUUGAUGUAGAGAGACCGGUACCGACCAAGGAGGACCGGAUCCGACAGAUCCCGCCGGACGAGGAUGGAUGUGGCGGGGGCCGCCGGCGCCGCGGAGGAACGGUGGGCGUCGCUGUGCAACUGCGUGGUCAACUUCCUGUUGGAGGAGAGGUACCACCUCACGGCACUCGAGCUGCUGCAGGAGCUGCAGGAGGACGGCCGCCACGCCCAGACGCUACGCCUCCGCUCCUUCUUUUCCGACCCUGCGCUCUUCCCUCCCGACCAGGUCGCCCGCGCCUCCUCAGCACCGGCAGGUGCCGAUCCACAGAAUUUGCUAGAAGAGAAAAUAGCAGCUGAAGAAAAGUUGGCACUCACUGAUUAUGAUCUCCGACUAGCCAAAGAAGAUCUUUCCUGCUUGAAGACUGAGUUACAAAAACGACAAGAAUCAUCUCCUGAUAAUACAAAUGGAUCUCCUUCAGAUGCUUUUACACAUGAAGAGUUUAACCAACAGGACAAACGGGAAGUCAAAGUUUCAGCAUUAGGCCCUCUGAAAGAUAACGAGCGGAAAGAUCUGAACUGUGCUGUCAAAGAAUACCUGCUUUUGGCUGGGUAUCGACUUGCAGCCAUGACUCUCAUUGAGGAGGUUCCUGAUCAGGACCUUGAUGUUUGGACCAACAGUUCAGCUUGUGUGCCUGAUGCCCUUCGUCGGUAUUACUACCAGUAUCUUUCCUCUACAACUGAGGCUGCUGAGGAAAAAAUAUCCAUUCUUCGCGAAAAUGAGGCACUAAGGAAGGACAGUAAAAGGCUCUGUGCUGAAAAAGACUCCUUGAUGAAGAUCAGGGAAUCUGCUAAUAAUCAGGUUGCCACUUUAAGGAAGUCUUUGGAAACUGCACACAUGGACAUAAAAGACAAAGAGAAAUCGUUUCAAGACCUGAAGCAAUCACUGGAUGUCCAUAGGAAGGAGCUGAAUGACUGCAGAGCUGAAAUUACAUCCCUUAAGAUGCACAUUGAAGGGACUCAAUCAAGUAAAGAAAUGUCAGUUCGAGAUUCUGAUGGUUUGACUUCCCAGUUCAUUGCUAAUUCUAUGGGAGAAGCUGCAGCAUUGAUCAAUGAACAUCAAAACCUCAAAGGAACUGAAUCCGGAACUACUAAGCUAGCAUCAGCAGCGAGUCUAACUGGGGACACACGGGAAGAUAAUAAAAAUACUGAAAGUAGUAUUGAAGGUUCCCCAGGUUCAGAAGCCCCAGUUUCUUGGUCAACUGCCGAACAUAGGGGUUAUGAUACUUCAGGAGAAGAUGAAUCUGGUACAAAUACUUCACUGGAAGAUAUAUCUGUUAAUGGCAAUCUACAUGGAGAUGGUAAUAGCCAGGGGAAUUCAGGUAGCAUAUCUGUUUAUGUAUCUGAAGAUAAAGUUCAUACUGAGAAAGUAGAGAGUCCAAGUAAGAAAAAAACGUCAGAUAAGAUGGCCUUGGAGACUAUUAAGAUAGUUUCAGAUGCUCUUCCGAAGAUUGUUCCUUAUGUGCUCAUAAACCAUCGUGAGGAGCUUCUUCCAUUGAUCAUUUGUGCUAUAGAAAGACAUCCAGAUAGCGACGUGCGGGAUUCAUUGACUCACACAUUGUUCAAUCUGAUAAAGCGGCCUGACGGACAACAGAGACGCAUCAUAAUGGAUGCUUGUGUGGAGCUAGCCAAGAGUGUUGGUGAGAUGAGGACAGAGACUGAAUUAUUACCACAAUGUUGGGAACAGAUAAAUCAUCAAUAUGAGGAGCGUAGAUUGCUUGUUGCUCAGUCUUGUGGAGAGCUGGCAGUAUAUGUUCGUCCUGAGAUACGUGAUUCCCUUAUCUUAUCUAUUGUGCAACAACUUGUCGAAGAUAGCGCAACUGUAGUGAGGGAGGCUGCAACACAUAACCUGGCGUUACUGCUUCCUCUGUUUCCAAACAUGGAUAAAUAUUAUAAGGUUGAGGAGCUAUUGUUUCAGUUGGUCUGUGACACUUCUAGGGUAGUUGUGGAUGUGGCACUCAGGGAACUUGUUCCUGCAGUAGUAAGAUGGGGAGGUAAAUUGGAUCAGAUAUUGAGAGUGUUACUAUCACAUAUCCUGGCAUCUGUUCAGCGUUGUCCGCCCAUUUCGGGGGUUGAGGGUACAAUAGAAUCACACCUCCGUGUUUUAGGAGAACAAGAGCGAUGGAACAUUGAGGUCCUCCUUCGGAUGCUGGCUGAGUUGUUACCAUUUGUUCACCAGAAAGCUAUACAGACGUGUCCUUCAACAGAUGCCCCUACAAGCUCCACGGCAGAAAACUUUGUGUCUGAAUCCAGCAUAAAGCUGUAUGCAACAGGUGACACGGAAUGGUCAGCAUUUGAGUGGAUGCACACUGAGUGCCUGCCGGAUUUGAUCAAGCUCGCCUGCUUGUUGCCUGCGAAAGAGGAUAGCUUAAGAACAGCGAUCACGAAGUACCUGUUGGCUGUAUCUGGGCACUAUGGAAAAGAUUAUUUGGAGCACAUUAUGUUACCUGUAUUUCUUGUAGCAGCUGGUGAUGUCGAUAGUGGUGACUUUACCUAUUUUCCUCUGUCAAUCCAAUCCAAAGUCCGUGGUUUGCGUCCAAAAACUUCUAUUGCUGAAAAGCUUGCAAUCAUCUGUGUCCUUCCAUUGCUAUUGUCUGGUAUUUUGGGUUCUCCUUCAAGUCGUCAACAGUUAGAAGAAUAUUUGAGGAAAUUACUUAUCCAAAACACGAAGGAUGGUUCAUUUUCUAUGUGUCACACAACUGAGAUCAUUGAUGCGGUCCGGUUUCUUUGCAUAUUUGAGCAGCACCAUGGAGUUAUCUUCAACAUUUUGUGGGAGAUGGUUGUGAGCCCUGAUACCGAUCUUAAAAUCAAUGCCGCAGCUUUACUGAAAGCACUUGUACCCUAUGUUGGCGUCAAAGUUGCAUCAACUCAUAUUUUGCCAGCACUUAUUACUCUUGGAUCCGAUCAGAACUUGGCUGUAAAAUAUGCUAGUAUAGAUGCAUUAGGAACUGUCGCUCAGCAUUUUAAAAAUGACAUGGUUGUUGACAAGAUACAUAUUCAAAUGGAUGCUUUUCUAGAAGAUGGAUCACACGAAGCUACUGUUUCUGUCAUCCGUGCACUUGCAGUAGCUGUGCCGCAUUCAACAGAUAAACUACGUGAAUAUCUUUUAACGAAGAUAAUUAAGCUGACAAGUGCCUCACCUUCUGGAAACGAUAUUGAACGGCGUAGGGAAAGAGCAAAUGUGUUCUGCGAAGCACUCCGUGCUCUCGAUGCUACAGAUCUUCCUGCUACAAGUGUGCGCGAUCUGCUUUUGCCGUCAAUACAGAACUUGUUAAAGGAUCUGGAUGCUCUAGACCCUGCACACAAGGAGGCAUUAGAAGUUAUAGCUCGGGAAAGGUCGGGAGGUGCACUUGAGAGCAUCGGCAAGGCGAUGGGGGCACAUCUUGGGAUUGCAUCAUCUGUCAGCAGUUUCUUUGGCGAGAGCGGCCUCCUUGGGAAGAAAGAGGGUGCAGAGCAGCUUGACCCUGCUCCUCCCCAACCCAGCUUACAAACUCAGCAGGAGAACACGAGGUUUGGUCGCAUGAUGAGGGGUGGUUUUGGAGACAUGUUACGAGGCAAAGCAAAAGGCAGCGAGGAACCCAGUUGAAAUGAUCUAUGAAUUACUGAAGUUGCCAAUACAAUACUUUUCAAGCUUGAUAUUGGCUAUCGCUAUGUGCGGUACCAUAAAUAGUUAAGGCAGAAAUUUUGUGUUCAUUGGUGAUAUCCUCAAGGAUACUAGCAGUUUUUGUUGUAACCUCAGACCAAAAACAUUGUAUAGAGAAAACAUUAUAGUAUACAUAAGGGUUGCUUAUCGCUAAUGCCCGUGUAUCAAUUACUCCGUAUACCUGUAGAUGAAGACAAUAGGGAAAAUUUCUGCAUUACAUCGCA